GCUCAGUUGCAUUUGGUUUGAGCUAGCGAAAGGUUCGUUGAGAAGAGCUUAAGAAUGCAGGGUCUAUACUUAAUGAUAUAUCUGCUGAUGAGCCUUUGUGGCUGUUGUCUAACAAUGAUGUAUGAUACUAAAGUGUGCAGUCGCUUGAAGAGAGUUUCGUACACUCAGAUGGUACAAAGGCUGAGGACCAUAACGUAUAGAAAGCGAGUAUUCUUCAUCUGGAAAACCAAAUCACGACUUGAAACGCAAUACGUGCCGGAGACCGCCUACAAAUUUGAAACGGAUUACUAUUGCUGUGAAGGCUAUCAAGGAUCGAUAUACGAUUGCCAGCCCGUCUGCACUGCAGGUUGCGGCGAUAAUAGACACUGCAGCGCGCCUGAUCAAUGCAGCUGCAAUAACGGUUAUAUAGGAAAUGAUUGCACUCCACUUUGCAUUGGCUGCGGCAUACAUAGCCACUGCCAGUCGCCGGGAGAAUGCGCCUGCGACACGGGCUACAGCAACAACGGAGGCUCAGGCGGAUGUCUGCCAGUCUGCAAUGCGGGCUGCCCGGAGCACAGCAACUGUGAGGAGCCCGACAAAUGUGUGUGCAUCGAGGGCUACGCCAGCUCCGAUGAUGGAAGCUGUCAACCUGUCUGUAGUCAGGGUUGCCCAGAGCAUAGCAGUUGCAGCAAGCCAGGAGAAUGUGUGUGCGAAGAGGGCUACAAGCGCAUCGAAGACGGCAGCUGCCAGCCGAUCUGUAGUCAAGGAUGUGCACCAAACAGCAGCUGUAAGAAGCCAGAAGAAUGUGUGUGCGACGAGGGCUACAUGAGCUCCGAAGAUGGAAGCUGUCAACCGGUUUGCCAACAAGCAUGUCCAGCGCAUAGCAAUUGCAGCAAGCCAGGAGAAUGUGUGUGCGACGAGGGCUACAAGAUCGCCGUAGAUGGCAGCUGCCAGCCGAUCUGUAGCCCAGCAUGUCCGGAUAAUGGCAGUUGCCUGUCGCCAAACGUCUGCAUCUGUAAGCCAGGCUAUGUCCUAAGCCAAAAUCAUAGUCUGUGUGAAGCCCACUGUCCAGAGAGCUGUGCGGACUAUGCCCGAUGCGUGGCACCCAAUCAGUGCGAAUGUUAUCCUGGCUUCGAGAUGUCGCAGGUCGAGCAGGUGUGUCAGCCGAAGUGCAGCCAGGACUGCUCGAAUGGUUUUUGCUUUGCGCCUGACAAGUGCGCCUGCAACUCCGGCUACUUGAUGGGUCCCAAUCAGACCUGCGAGCCGCAAUGCAGCUCCAACUGCAUUCAUGGCAAGUGCAUCGCACCCAACAGCUGCGAGUGCGAGCCUGGCUAUCGCUUUGCAACAGACUCAAAAGAUGUCUGCGAACCCGUUUGUGAGCCAGCCUGCGAGCUGGGCACUUGCAUGGCACCGCAGCUCUGCAUCUGCCAGUUGGGCUACGAGCCGACCUCGAAGGAGCUGCCACAUCUGUGCCGUCCCAGCUGCACGAUGAGCUGUGUGAACGGCAGCUGCGUGGCGCCCGAGAAGUGCGCCUGCAAUGCAGGCUACGUGCCGGCAGAUGGACUCAAUGCCACCAGCUGCAGGCCCAGCUGCAGUGGCGACUGUUCGAAUGGCGAUUGUGUGGCACCCGAGCAGUGUCUGUGUCACUCUGGCUACGAGCGCACUGCGGCUGGCUGUCAGCUGCGGCUGGAAGUGACAACUUCAACGGAACGGCAAUUGGAUGAGCUGCAGCAAAAGGAGCCAGGCACAAAUUGUAGCAGCAUCAGCUGCAGCUGUUGGCGCGCAUGGACUGAAAUUGAGGAAGCUGCCAUCAAGUGCGUCAACAUUUGCCAGGAUGCUUUCGACAAGCCCUGCGUGGAUCUCAAACUGUGCAGCUGCGACCAGGCAACAGGCCAACUAUUAUGCCCGGCUGAAGAGCACGAGCAGCGUCUGGUCUGCCAGGCGACCACAGCCAUUCGCAUCGAUCAGCAAACAGAGCAGAAUCUGGGCGAAGCGGCUCAUAACUCGAGGCGGCCAGCAGUCGGCACAUCCAAGUGGCCAGUGAUUCUAGCCUGGUCCGCCGGCAGCUUCAUCGUUUUGCUGCUCAUUAUUGUCGCCUCGCAUCUCUACCUAAAGCACCGACGUCAAGAGGCCAUUCAAGAGCAGGAGAACUACUGCUAUGUGCUCUGUAACGAUAAACUAUAAAAAUAAUUCUUUACAAAAAUUAGAGAUUUAUAAUUUGAAAUCCCAAUAGCUGUUUUCCUGCCUCUGGUUGUUGAACGAGUAUUUGUUGUAUUUAA